AUGAAGUGCCAGAAUUGCAACCUGCCUAUUGAAAUGGAUAGCUCGCUUAUGGACUUGAGUCUGGCCCAGCGUAACUUACUGGUAAACACUGUAAGUGAACCUAGCGCGCCCAACUACAGAAUCCCGCAAGAUAGAUUACAAAGACUAGCACAAAUCAAAAAGCCUAGUGAACUAAGCUUACAAAAGUCAUUAGUAAAUAAUUCAGAUUCAUAUGUUUUUCUUCAAGGAGAUUCAAGCUCACUGCAACAAACUCGAACGGACGACGAAUCUGGCGAUGACCUAGACGAAGAUAUAACGUCGAAAACGCUUUCAUCUAGAAUUGGCACACUGACCAAUAUAUUCAAUAUUUUGUCUUCUAAAAGCAACAUAGACUACCCAGUCUGUCAAGAAUGCUGUGAGCAUUUGAUUCAGAAGUUGAAGAGUGAUUAUGACGAAGCUUUAAAGGAGCGAGAUACCUACGUCGACUUUUUGUCAAGGCUGAGCAAGCAAAAGGACUUAGAAGAGAAAAAGCCCAAGGGGAAGCAAGAUUUAUGUGAGGAUGAGAAAUCAAUCGCGGAGAAAGAGCAAGAUCAACUAUUGCAGGAAUUGAUUUCCUUGGAGAAGACAGACUCUGAAUUAGAUAAAAAGAUAGAAGAGUUGGAAGGAAAAUUGAAAGCUCAAAAGGAAAAGGAAGACCAAGCUUUGAGGGUGCGGAACCUAGAGGAUCUCUCAAAGCUAGAAUUUGCAAAGGAACUUCAAUCACUCCAAAAUCAAUACGAGUUCACGUUAACUAACCUCGACAAUCUACGAAAGACUAAUAUUUUCAACGAGACCUUCCGCAUAUCACAUGAUGGACCUUUUGGAACUAUUAAUGGUCUACGUCUCGGUAGUUUGGACGAAGUACGAGUUUCUUGGCAAGAAAUCAACGCUGCUCUCGGCCAGCUUGUGUUGUUAUUGGCAAGCAUAUGCACUCGACUACAGUUUAAAUUGGAUGGUUAUAUUCUGAAGCCUAUGGGUUCAUAUUCGAAAAUAGAACACUUUGACCCAGAAACGCAACAAUGGUACAAUUAUGACGCAUUUAAUAACGACAGCUUCAAACUAGGCAGAUUGUUUCAUAAAGAAACAAGUUUUGAUAAGGCUUUAGAGUGCCUUUUGUCAAUAGUCAAACUCAUGACAUUAAGGAUGUGUGACUGUGCAGAUCGAGGGGCUGACGAACUAGAGCUUCCUUAUGAAAUGCAUGGUCAUAAGAUCAACGGAAUAUCAAUCAAACUAUUCGGCAACAAGCCUAAUAUCGAAUGGACAACUGCAUGUAAGUUUCUCUUGACCAACUGUAAAUGGCUUUUGGCUUUUUCGUCUAGCAUGAUGACAGGGACUUGA